AUGCCUCCUGGUUCGAUUAUCAAUCAAGCAGCUUGGGAUUUAUUUAAUUACAAUCGCACGGGUAUUUUAGCUUCCAGCAGUUCUCGCACAAACGUUUUUAUUCGUACAAAAUUUCAGCCAGUUAAUGAUUCUCGUCCUGAUAUUCAAGUCAUUAUCGGAACACCGAAUGGUACCAGUUUAUGGGCUUUAGCCUAUUUACUCCAACCGAAUUCACGUGGUCGUGUCAUUUUGGCAUCACGUGAUCCGACUGAUGCGCCCAUUGUUCAAAUGAACUAUUUCUCCGAUCCUGCCUCACAUGAUGUCAAUACUCUUAUGGAAGGUAUCCGUCGUGUUAAUCAAAUUUUUAGUACUGCCCCCAUGCAUAACUCUGGCUUCCAUAGUUUUUCUAAUCUUUCAGACGAUAUUGAAUUUAAGAAUUAUCUCUAUGGAAAUAAAUCUUCCACAGCUAACUCUAACUCUGGAGAUCACUUCACUGGAACUUGUAAGAUGGGCAUUGAUUCAAUGGCUGUUGUUGAUCCACGUCUUCGUGUUCGUGGUAUUGUCGGAUUACGUGUGAUCGAUGCUUCAAUCAUGCCAUUCAUUACUUCAGGAAACACUCAAGCUCCAGUAUAUAUGAUUGGAGAAAAAGGUGCACAAAUGAUUCUUGAUGAUAAUAAUAGUACUGGCACUUCUGCAGCAUCAUCGCUCCACCGUUCCUACAAUUUCAGUAUUGUUAUCAUAUUCUAUCUUGUCUUUUAUAUUUCGACCUUGAUAAAACAACACUAA